CCCAACACGGAGGGAGGGGAGGGGUGAGGCUGAGCCGCCCGGAGGAGGCGGAGGGGCCAGGCGAGGCCAGGGUGGCCCGGGAGGCGGCGGCGCCGAGGAGGCUCUGACGGGCGAGCGCUCGGAGCGGCGCUGCGCUGCGCCGAGGCGGGCGGGCGGGCGGGCGGAGCGGGGCGGGCGGAGCGCGGCGCGUGGGGCUCGCCAUUAGCCGUCGCUCCGCUUCGCCAUCUCGGGCUUUGUCUGGCGACUCGCUGCCCCGGCGUCGGCUGCGGCUCGGCUCUUCGGCCCGCCGCAACCCUAGGUAUCCCUGGCCCGCGCUCUCUUACACGCUCGGUUGAGGUCGCUUUGACCCCGGGUUGCCCGGCCAGCAAGAGGAGGUGGCUGGACGGCUAGAGAAUGAACGGAGAAGCCGACUGCCCCACAGACCUGGAAAUGGCCGCCCCCAAAGGCCAAGACCGCUGGUCCCAGGAAGAUAUGCUGACUUUGCUGGAAUGCAUGAAGAACAACCUACCAUCCAAUGACAGCUCCAAGUUCAAAACCACUGAGUCACAUAUGGACUGGGAAAAAGUAGCAUUUAAAGACUUUUCUGGAGAUAUGUGCAAGCUCAAAUGGGUGGAGAUUUCUAAUGAGGUGAGGAAGUUCCGUACGUUGACAGAAUUGAUCCUUGAUGCUCAGGAACAUGUUAAAAAUCCUUACAAAGGCAAAAAACUCAAGAAACACCCGGACUUCCCAAAGAAGCCCCUAACCCCUUAUUUCCGCUUCUUCAUGGAAAAGCGGGCCAAAUACGCAAAACUGCACCCUGAGAUGAGCAACCUGGACCUGACCAAGAUUCUGUCCAAGAAAUACAAAGAGCUGCCCGAGAAGAAGAAGAUGAAAUAUAUUCAGGACUUCCAGAGAGAGAAACAGGAGUUCGAGCGAAACCUGGCCCGAUUCAGGGAGGAUCACCCUGACCUAAUCCAGAAUGCAAAGAAGUCGGACAUCCCUGAGAAGCCCAAAACCCCCCAGCAGCUGUGGUACACCCAUGAGAAGAAGGUGUAUCUCAAAGUGCGGCCAGAUGCCACUACGAAGGAGGUGAAGGACUCCCUGGGGAAGCAGUGGUCUCAGCUCUCGGACAAAAAGAGGCUGAAAUGGAUUCAUAAGGCCCUGGAGCAGCGGAAGGAGUACGAGGAGAUUAUGCGUGACUAUAUCCAGAAGCACCCUGAGCUGAACAUCAGUGAGGAGGGCAUCACCAAGUCCACCCUCACCAAGGCCGAACGCCAGCUCAAGGACAAGUUUGAUGGGCGACCCACCAAGCCACCUCCGAACAGCUACUCGCUGUACUGUGCAGAGCUAAUGGCCAACAUGAAGGAUGUGCCCAGCACAGAGCGCAUGGUGCUAUGCAGCCAGCAGUGGAAGCUGCUCUCCCAGAAGGAGAAAGAUGCUUACCACAAGAAGUGCGACCAGAAAAAAAAAGAUUACGAGGUGGAACUGCUCCGUUUCCUUGAGAGCCUGCCUGAGGAGGAGCAGCAGCGGGUCCUGGGGGAGGAGAAGAUGUUGAACAUCAGCAAGAAGCAAGCCACUGGCCCAGCCUCUAAGAAGCCCUCCCAGGAAGGGGGCAAGGGCGGCUCAGAGAAGCCCAAGCGGCCCGUGUCAGCCAUGUUCAUCUUUUCUGAAGAGAAGCGGCGGCAGCUGCAGGAGGAACGGCCUGAGCUCUCAGAAAGUGAACUGACCCGCCUUCUGGCCCGCAUGUGGAACGACUUGUCAGAGAAGAAGAAGGCCAAGUACAAGGCCCGUGAGGCAGCACUGAAGGCCCAGUCUGAGAGGAAGCCAGGUGGGGAUCGUGAGGAUCGGGGCAAGCUGCCAGAGUCACCAAAGAGGGCCGAGGAGAUUUGGCAACAGAGUGUCAUCGGCGACUACCUGGCCCGCUUCAAGAAUGACCGGGUGAAGGCCUUGAAAGCCAUGGAGAUGACCUGGAACAACAUGGAGAAGAAGGAAAAACUGAUGUGGAUCAAGAAGGCAGCUGAAGACCAAAAGCGAUAUGAGAGAGAGCUGAGUGAGAUGCGGGCACCACCAGCUGCUACAAACUCAUCCAAGAAGAUGAAGUUCCAGGGAGAACCUAAGAAGCCUCCUAUGAACGGUUACCAGAAGUUCUCCCAGGAGUUGCUGUCCAACGGGGAGCUGAACCACCUGCCUCUCAAGGAGCGUAUGGUGGAGAUUGGCAGCCGCUGGCAGCGCAUCUCCCAGAGCCAGAAGGAGCACUACAAAAAGUUGGCAGAGGAGCAGCAGAAGCAGUACAAAGUGCACCUGGACCUCUGGGUCAAGAGUCUGUCUCCCCAGGACCGUGCAGCAUAUAAAGAGUAUAUCUCCAGUAAACGUAAGAGCAUGACCAAGCUGCGAGGCCCGAACCCCAAAUCCAGUCGGACUACCCUACAGUCCAAGUCGGAGUCCGAGGAGGAGGAUGAAGAGGAGGAGGAGGACGAGGACGAGGAUGAAGAGGAGGAGGAGGAGGAGAACGGGGACUCCUCCGAGGAUGGCGGGGACUCCUCCGAGUCCAGCAGCGAGGAUGAGAGCGAGGACGGGGAUGAGAAUGAGGAGGAGGAUGAAGAUGAGGACGACGACGAGGAUGACGACGAGGACGAGGACAAUGAGUCAGAGGGCAGCAGCUCCAGCUCCUCCUCCUCCGGGGACUCCUCGGACUCGGACUCCAACUGAGGCCCGGCCCCUACCAGGGCUCCCUCCCAAACUCACCACCUUUGUUUCUCCCCCAUGUUCUCUCCCUCACCCCUGGCCUCCCCUACUUUCUUUUCUUUUCUUUUUUUUUAAACAAAAUAUGGUGGGGGGAGGGGCUGGAGGAGCCCAGGCCAGGACUCUGCAGCCUCAGAGACAUCAGCCCUGGGGGGCCCUCCAGGAGUGCGACCAUCAGACUGAGCCACCACUGGACCCGCCCGGCCCACCCGUCUUCUGCACUUGCAGUUCCAGCAUGGACAAUGGACCUGGGAGUUGGGUGGGGGUCCCAAAGCGUUGAGAGAGGCCCUCUACACCUGCAGCCCAACCCAUGAGAGGGUGAUAGCUGGGGGGGGGUAGGACCCCUCCCUUCCCAGAGGAGCUUGCUGCCUGGACCUACAUUGGAACUGGAGGCAGGGAACUUGGGAGAGGAGGAGGCGGGCGCCUAUGAGAAUGUAGGUGCUGCUCCAUAGCCCUCUCCCCUGCCCCUGCAGGAAGGAGCUGCCUGGACCCAUUCGUGGGGGAGGGGGCAGAAGUGUUUUUUAUAUAUGUGUAUAUAUUUUUUUUUUAAGCUCUGAGCUGUCAACGAGACGUUUCCUACCGA